ACAGUCUGCGACUUCAGCUACGCCUGCGCACAAAGCCGCCAGCCGUGCGACUCCGGGGAGAGUCUGGCGCCUUCCCCGCCUUCCCCUCCUCUAUCGGGGGAAGAGGCGUGGCCCGGGCGCUGCGGGACCCCCCCCGGGGGGAGGUGCCACGCUGGACGCCAGGGGGGGCGGGGCUGCCGCCAGAGCUCGGCAGGGAGCUGGCUCCUGCGGGACGCCAGGCCCGGCGCAGCUCAGGGGGGAGGGGCUGCCCUUCCCGGCGGGGUCACCAUGCUGCGGGCCCUGCUGCGGCGCUGGGCGUCCUACAGGUACCGCUUCGUGCCCUGGAUCGCGCUGCACCUCCGCCACAAGCGCAGGAGCAAGAUUUCACACCAGAGCAGGAUGCUUAACUGGACCAUCCGAUACGUACCAGAAAAGUCCAAAGACAAAAUUAUCUCUGAUGAAGAUGUCCUUGAAACGCUGCUGAAAAUCUUUAAAGCUCUGUUCAUAAAUGACUUUAGUAGACAAAUGGACUUAUUUGCCUUACUUCCAGAAGUUAAAUCCAAAUAUCUGGAAUUACUGACUAUUCAGUAUAAGAGACCAAAAACAACUGGUUACAACCAUCAAAGUAAAAAUGUCUUUAAUCCAGAAGAAGUUAUGUUUAAUACAUUAGGGUUCAGUAUUACUCGAGAUCGGAGUUCACUGAUUUCUGCUGGAACAGGAGUCUUUGUUACUAAAGGUUUUGUGCCAAAAGGGGCAGUUGUAUCUAUGUAUCCUGGUACAGUAUAUCAAAAGUAUGAGCCCAUCUUUUUCCAGUCCAUUGGCAAUCCAUUUAUUUUUAGAUGCAUAGAUGGUGUACUUAUUGAUGGGAAUGAUAAAGGAAUAUCAAAAGCGGUGUACAGAUCAUGCAGCAAGAGGGAUCAACUUGGUCCUUUUCAAAUGAGUGACAUCACUUGGCUCAGACCUGCUGUGCUAAAUCCACUGGCAGUAGGGCAGUAUGUUAACAACUGUUCACACAGUAAGUUGAAAGACAAGGCAGCCAACGUCUGUUAUCAGGAGUUUGAUGUGCCUGAAUAUUUUCCAGUAGAACUGAAACAGUAUCUUCCAAACAUCACCUACAGCCAUGACAUGCCUAUAUCCCAGGAUGGUGAUUUAAGAUCCAAAACGCCUGACAUGUCCGGGAAAGCACAGAUCCCUUUGAGGUGUGUGAUUCUUGUUGCUCUCAGAGAGAUUAAGCAAGGAGAAGAGCUUUUUUCUAAUUACUACACCAUUGUCAACUGAAUCAAUGAAACCAUGGAUUAAAGAAUUCUUUGCCAUUAAGAUAUUUAUUGUGUGUACACUUGGCAUCUCUGUGUAAUGGAGAGCUGUGCUUUCCAAUUAAAAAUGAGCUACAAAGCUGUAUUUUCAUGUAAAUAUUACUUCAAUUUUGAUACAGUUGUGGUUUGCAGCUGUUUACAUCAUUAAGUAUACCGGUGCUAAUACUACAGCAAGUAUAAUUGGUUUUCAGUUAACUGCACAGUAGCUCAUUAAAUUAAUAUAUAGUUUCUGAAUUAUGCUAUUUCGUCUUCUGUUUUCUCUAUAUGCACGUCACUGUGAUCCAUUUUAAAUCUCAAAUCCAUUCUGCUGUUCUUGCUAUAAUGGACAUAAUUUAUAUAAAACAAAUCCUUUCAGUAAA